AUGAGCGAUCGCGAAUUAGAACUUGUUCUAGAAUAUAGUAGACAAACAUACCUCAAAGAAUUAGCAGAAAGAAAAAAAGAAGAAAAAAGUCGGGAAGGAGACGUUGAUUUAUUAAUUAUAGAGAAUCCUGAAGUGCUCGAACAGGAUCGUAAAAUUAAACAAAUUAAGCAAAUGUUGUGUGCUAAAAACGAGCCAGUUGAUUCAUACCAAAAUGUCCCACUUUCUCCUGUACAUUAUUUACCCCAAUCACCAUGCUUUAUUCAACCUCAAUAUACCGGCCAGAUUUUUCCUUUUACAGCAAACUUGUGUAAUCAACAACAAUUUCAACUUCCUUCUACUUCAACAGCAAUACAUUUUGAACAACAAUUUUUCCCUUCAACUUCCGCCUCUGUUCCAAACUCUCCCGAUUUUUGGUCUAAUAAUUUAAUUCAACCUACUCCACUUUCUAUAAUGAACUCAAACUUGAUUAAUCCUCUAUUGGUUCAGACGGAUGUAAAAACGCCAGAAAAGAAUUCUUCAAAUUCCUCCUCUUCACUCAAAAUUCCUUUCCAAAAUGGAGAUUUGAUCGAUUUACAGUCACCCAUGAAAGCAUCUUCUUUGACUAUUGCGGAGUUUGAUCCUCUCUACAAAAAAUUGCAAAAAAGGGAAAUGGAAAGAAAUGAGAAUCAACAGAAGAAUACAAAUGAAGAAAUAAAAAAUAAUUUUGAAGAUAAUAUUAAUAAAUGUGUUGAUGAAACAACACCUGAUAAUAAUUCUAACAAAAUACAACCACAACAAAAUCAACAAAGGUUACUUGCCUGUGAUGAUUUCAAUACACGUCAAGAAUUGUCUUGUGAUUUUUACAAAGAGAAACAAUUACUUUAUGAACGUUCACCUCGAAUUCGAACUUGCUCAAAUAAUAAUUCGCAAAAUGUUUUCUUUCUUGCUCCAGUACUUGAUUAUUUUGUAACGCCUGUUGACACAAUUAAAUUACAUAUUCAUCAAGACGAUACUUGGCCUCGUGACACACCCGAAGAAUUGCAAUCUUUCGAGCUAGCUUGUGCUGUCAAGAAAACUACCGAUGAAAUUCUUCUUGAAGUUUUGAUAAGGUUGCUUUCUCAAGAGGAAAUUCAACGUAAUGAAGGCCAAAUCCCACUUAACGAUUAUGCUUUAAAAGUAUUCGGAACUGAUGAAUUUUUGGUUCCAGAUGCACCAAUAGGCAAAAAUUUAUUUGUGGCACAAUUUUUAGCAGGCGGAAAAGAUGUGGAUUUGGAAGUUGGUCGAAAAAUAUUGCCAAAAAUAAAAACUAAUAAUCGAUUAAUUUCAAGAACAAUUUCUACAAAUCAGACGUUGAAUGAGGAAUUAUUUACCAAUUUAGUCCAAAACCUGACCAAACAUUUAACGAAUUGUUUAGCGGAUCCAGAAGACAAAAAAUUACGCCAACCUGUUCUACAAUCUAUUAAGUAAGAA